GAAGCAGAUAUUUCAUGUGUUGUACGUCGUGUCCGGUGGAGGUCACAGACAUCUGAGCAUAACUGAGAUUGCUGUCAUGGCCAAGUUGUUUGAGUCUAUUGGGAAGCUGGGGCUGGCCCUGGCCAUCGGUGGAGGUGUUGUGAACUCUGCGCUGUUCAAUGUUGAUGCAGGGCACCGGGCGGUAAUAUUUGACAGGUUCCGAGGAGUUCAAGAAGCAGUCGUUGGAGAGGGAACCCACUUCCUCAUUCCUUGGGUUCAGAAACCUAUCGUCUUUGAUUGCCGCUCCCGUCCACGUAAUGUGCCCGUCAUCACAGGCAGCAAAGAUCUGCAGAAUGUAAACAUCACAUUGCGUAUCCUCUUUCGGCCUGUGAGCGGCCAGCUCCCCCGCAUCUUCACCAGUAUUGGAGAGGAUUAUGAUGAGAGGGUGUUACCAUCUAUCACCACAGAGGUCUUGAAGGCUGUAGUGGCUCGGUUUGAUGCUGGUGAGCUCAUCACCCAGAGAGAGCUCGUGUCUCGGCAGGUCAGUGAGGACCUUACAGAAAGAGCCUCCACCUUCGGCCUUAUCUUGGAUGAUGUUUCACUGACACACUUGACCUUUGGCAAGGAAUUUACGGAGGCUGUUGAAAUGAAGCAGGUGGCCCAGCAGGAGGCUGAGAGGGCCCGAUUCGUUGUGGAAAAGGCAGAGCAACAGAAGCAAGCUGCCAUCAUCUCUGCAGAGGGAGAUUCCCAGGCUGCCUUGCUUAUUGCAAACUCCCUGAUGGAAGCUGGUGAUGGUCUGGUAGAGUUACGUAAGCUGGAGGCAGCCGAGGACAUCGCUUUCCAGCUGUCCCGCUCCCGCAACGUCACUUACCUGCCCCCAGGGCAGGGCACAUUGCUCCAGUUGCCCCAGUGAUAGCAUCUCAUAUCCACCCCACUCUGUCACCAUCAGCCAUUACAUGGGCCAUGGAGAGGGUGGUUGAAAGAUUCAUGAUAGAAACUGUCCCAACUUCAUACACAUUCCUCCCACUCUAUCUCUAACCAAAUCUGGACUUGUCUCUGCUGAUAGUAGCACUGUGGGAGACAGAGUGAGAGGUCUGCAAUGGAUACAACUAUGAAGUCCACCUAUGUGUAAGGAAGUGGAGAGGUUAAUCACUAUAUAGUACAAAACAAAUGUUUAUAUAUAGUUAUAUAAAUAAUAUAAGCACUUGUUUUGGAAAGAAUUGACUGCAGUAAAAUUGUCUUUAGAUUAACCUCUGCCACAUAGUUUCAGAUUCAGAGCACUUCAUAUGUGGAAAGCAACAGCGUGAUUUUUACAUCCAAGAAAUAUCGUUAUUCCUUUAAAGAAAAGAUAAUUAAUUCAGAAUGAUGUUAUUGCUCUGUUAUUGUUGUGCUGGACAGUUUCAUUAAAUCGUAUAAUCUUAUUCAAAUGUGUAAUGAAAGGCUGUCCUUCUGAUUCACUCUUGAAGAUAUAACUGACAAUACAAGGCUUAUUCAUUUGACUCUAAUCUUUGUGCACAUACUUGCUAGAGGGUGUAACUUUCUGGAAUAUAUCUGCUUUAUGGCAAAUAUUACUGUCAUGAAUAUAUUAUUGCCACCCCCAAUCAAUUGGAACGCAAUGUGCCUGUGAGAUAGUAGAGGAUGAUCUUCAUUCUUUACAGUUGUCAUUGUGUCUUUAGCGUAGUUGGAGAACAUGUAAGCCCCGUAAUUCAGAAAUGGAUCAACUCAACAAUAAAACUGUCUUUCUACC